AUGGCAACGGAUGGCUCAUGGCGUGCCAUGGACGUAGGCUGGGAGCAGCUGGAGGAUGCGCAAGGCCGCGUCUUCUACGUGAACCACGCCACGCGCGAGACAUCGUGGACGCCGCCCUCGACGCUACCGCUGCCGGCGGGCUGGGAAGAGAUGCGCGACGACCAGGGGCGCGUCUACUUUGUCGACCAUGCCACGCGCACAACGACGUGGAUCGAUCCGCGCGAGUCGCAGAUCAACCAAAUGGCCUCGGAGCUCGACCGGUACGCGACCGAGCGCGAAAGCAGUGUCAUCUCAGCGACGACGGUCUCGGUGGCCGAGCCCGAGCCUGCCGUCCUGGUCGCGCCCGUCGUCGUCGUUCAAAAGGGCUUGUCCGCCUCAUGGGCACCGAUCCCGGACGUCAAGGCGACGUAUUUUGCCCCGUACAUUGUGCCCGAUGCAGCGCGCAUGGACUGCACCCAGUGCCGCCUCAAGUUUGGCGUCCUGCGCCGACGCCACCACUGCCGUCUCUGCGGUGGCCUCUUUUGCGGCGACUGCACCGACAAGGUUGCGAUCCCAAGCCUCGACGGUCGCCAGUCGGCAUGCAAGCGCUGUCAGCGCAACAUGGCGGCCGGGGACACGACGUCGAUUGUUGGCCUCCUCGGGCUUCUCACGCAGGGCGCGAGCACACCGGUGCCCCAGACCAUCGAGCGCCUCCGGGCUCUGGCCAAGCUCUUGCUGACGCCGCGCCAGGAGACGGACCCCCUGCUCAAGAACGUUGACCCGCAAGACGUGCAGAUCUACGCGCUCCUCGUGCUGUCGCACCUCACCGCGCUCUACAACCGCAUGGCCUUGCCGGUCGCGGGGGAGAUGGCCGCCGCGUCCGGCGUCUGCAACACGAUCGCGCUCUGCCUCUCGAUGGCCGUGCCCGAGUUGGAAGUGCACGCCCUGCACGCCAUGUACCACCUCUGCGCGUCGGGCUCGGCGGCUUGUCUCAAAGCGCUCCGGACGGCCGGUGCGGGCGCGCACGUCUUGGAGAUCCUUAUCGUCUCGGAAUCGGUCGACGUCAAGCGGGAUGCCGUCCAGUGCCUCGGUGCCUACGCCAAGGACGUUGAGAACGUCAAGGAUUGCAUCGCGCACAACGGCGCGCACGUGCUCACGUCGGCGCUACUUGUCUUGGCGGCCGCGGGCGACGUGGUCGGGCUACGAGCUGUGCUCUCGACGCUCCCGCAGCUCUUGUCGGCCAUGACGCCGGACCAGCAGCGCGAGUUUGCACUGGACCCGACGCUCGUCGCGCAAUGCUACGCGGCGCUGACACCGCUGCUGGCGCUCGACGAUGACGAGCUGUCGACUGGUACCUUUGCCUUGCUCUACGCGCUCGCGACCGAUCCGACCAACGCCGCGCUCUUGGCUCAGAACAGCGCGCUCCUUGGCGUACUGACGGCGCGUCUCGACGACGAGCACGACCAAGCGGAUGCGAUCCGCGUCUUGGCGGCCAUGGUGCGGCCGCUCGAACGCGGGAUUGUGCUGCUGCCGGCGCUGGCGGCUGCGAAUACCCUCGUCGCGGUCAUGACGUGGCUGCAUACGAGCACGCAAAGUGUCCCGUUCACGGCCACGAUCCAGGCCCAAGCAGAGAUGUUUGUGCUCAUAUCGGCGUUUGCCACCGUGCCCGAGUAUGCCAACGUGGUUGUGCACUGCCACGGUGUCGCGUCGACGCUGGCCGUGCUCUUCCACGCGCAUGAGCUCUUGGAUGCGUCGCUCGAGCUGCUGAGUCGUCUCUCGACGGCGGUCGGCGGCGUCGUCGCCGAAGUCGUCGAGUUCGGGGCGCUUGAAGCGAUCGAAUCGGCGUUCCAAGACCCGACGGCGUCCAAGACAACCAAGGAAGCGUCGAUCGCGUUCUUGGAGCAGCUCGGGCGUCAAAUGGCGCCGACGACGACCGUGACAUUCGCGACGGCCGAUGUGCUCUUCAGUCUUGUCGCGGACGAUCGGUUCGAACGCGGCGCGCUCAAGGCGGUGACGACGCUCUGUGCGACGCGGCCGGCGCUCCAGGCGCGUGCGAUCGGCAGUUUGUACCCGAGCACGCUCCAUGCAUUCGUGCUGCACGGCUACAUUGCGCGGGACUUUCUUCUCGAGGUGCUGACGUGUUUGGCGACAUUGACGAGCUUGCCGGCGCUCUUGGACGCCGGCGGCUUGACGGCGGCGUGUGCCGUCUUGCAGCGUCAAGAAGCCACGUUGUCGGACCCGGCGAUCGCGGCCCAAGCAUUGGACCUGCUGCUCUCGAUGCUCAAGACGGGUGCGCGCACGUCGGGGUGGAGUCAUCCGCCGACGAUGCAGACCGUGUGGUCGGCGCUGAUGACGUUUCUCGUCAACCAUGCGACUGCCGCGGAGCUCGUGCCCAAGGCGCUUGAGAGCGUUCACGUGCUGCUAUUGCACAGCGUGUGGAAGGCCCAGUUUGUGACCUUGUACAUCUCGGGGUCGUCGGCCCACGCGGCGUGCCUCGACUUUAUGGAGCUCCUCGGCGAGUUGCUCGAGAAGGCGUACACUGGAACGUCCCCGUCGCUUCUCGCGCGUCUCCUCUCGAUCGUGUCGGAGCUCGCGGCGACGCACUCUGCGCUGCCGUACCUGUUGCAGGCCGACUCGCCCGACUCGUCCCGCGCCGCGCUCUGUGAUCUUGCGUCCAAAGAUCACGUCGCCUCCACUUUGACGCUGCUCGAGUUUGCGUUGAGCGAAGGCUGCGACAUGGGCCUCGUGUGGGCGACCAUCAAUACGUACCGCGCUCGGCACCUCCUCGUGUCUGCGAUUGCCGACAUCUUUCACGACGACGAUGUCGGCACGCGAGAAGCCUGUGUCGUCUUGACUGCGUUUGUCUCGCGACCGCCGCUCAAGACCGCCGAAGUCAACGUGCUCUGCGAGGUCGCGCCGCGCAUCUGCGAGGUCGCUGGCGCGAUGCGGUCGGUCGCGCUGCCGCUGCUCGUGGCGCUCGUCGCAAUUCCGCGCGUCGCGCUCGCCCUCAUCGACGGCGGCGCGAUCGAGUACAUGGUGGCCUUUCUGCAAACGAGCGCGGGGACCGACAGCGAUCUCUGUCAGCGCGUGCUCGUCCAUCUGUCGCAGAUCACGCUCGGUACGGAGCGGCUCAGUCUCUGCAACGGCGUGUCGACCUUGCUGAGCUUUGUGCAGUCGCUCGCCUCCACCGACGCCCACGCGCCGAACGUUCUUGCGAUUCUUCAAGUGCUCCACCUCGUCGCGUCCAAAGACAAGGCGGCGCGGCUCGUGCUGGCAGAAGCCGUCGACCUCUAUGCGCUCCUUUUACAGCACUCGAUGCAGCCGGACGCAAGUGACGCCUACUCGUGCCUCGACUCGGUCGCGCGGCCAGCGUCGACGUCCAAGUACACGGCCAACGCGCCGCUCGCGCACCUCGUCGUCGAUCUUCUCGUGCGCGUCUGUGCGGUCGCCGACGCCCGGUCGCACAUCGUGGGUCGCAGUGAUAUCUACGCCGAGCUCUACAUGUGGCUGCAGUACAUCACGGAGCGUAGCGCAGUCGAGCACAAUUCGAUUGCGAUCGGGUCGUUGACGCUGCUCCGGUACCGGUACAUGGCCCGCCUCGCGCCCGCCGAGAUGCACGAUGCGCUCUGGGAUCUUUUGGCGGCGCUGGCCGCACCCGCCUUUCUUGCGGUGCACGAAGAGGUGGCGCGGACCAUCGCGGUGCUCUGCACCUGCGUAAGUGACCCGUCGCGCUGCAAGGACGUCUUGUACCGCGUCGAGGUCCACGUCUACGAAGCGCUGUCCGAGACCUGCGCGCUGCGCCACGCGUGGCUGGACGUGGCGCUGAGUCUCGGCCACAACCGUGUCCGGGACGUGUUUCCGAUGCCGCUGCUCCAGUGGCUCGUCGUUGCAUCGCUGGACGAUAUGGUCGUGCGCCCCCUCGCCGUGCACGUCCUUGACGUCCUCUGCUACGACGCUGCGUUCCACGUCGCGAUCCUCAACAAUCAAAACGUCUUGCAGUGGUUGGCGGCGCAUGCAGCGACGGAUACGACGGCACGGCGCAUCUCGCGUGUCGUGUCGGAAGACGCGAUCGACGAAGGCGCUGCCGAUGGCGCGUUUGGGUACGGACCCGUACGGACGGACGCGGUCUUGGCGACGCAGUUGUCGCGGGACCUCGAGUCGCGCUACUCUGGCUACUCGGACAACUUUAGCUCGAGCUACGGCGACAACUAUGGCUCGGCCUCGAGCUUCGCGCCAGGUUCGUACAGCAGCUACGGCGAGUACGCGCCGAGCUCGGGUAGCACCAACUACUACAACGAGGCCGUGAUCGACGACGAGGACGUCGUUUGCCCACAUUGCCUCGGCAACGUCCACGUGCCGCCGGGCUGCAGUGCGUACUUGCAUACGAUUCCGUGUCCACUGUGCCAGCGCCCGCUCGGCGGCUCGUCGCCGGCCCCCGCGCCGCCCGGCACAACCACGAUCACCUGCAAGGGCUGUCGCCGUGGUCUCCACUUGCCCGAAGGAUUGGACCUCGCCGACGUCGUCUGCCCCGAGUGCAACUCUGUCAACAAGAUCGAACCGACGCCCAAGCCGACGCUUGUCAAGUGCGGGCACUGCCACAAGAUGCUCUCGGCACCGCCAGGGCAGCCCACGAUCCAGUGCGGCCACUGCAAGGGCGUCUCGCGCGUGAUGGGCUCGGAUGAUGUCGUCAAGGUAACGUGCGCCAAGUGCAAGACACUCUUGGCUGUGCCGAGCGGCUCGACAGUAUACAAGUGCCUCAAAUGCGGCCACGUGUCCAAGUGA